CAUACACUGACUCCACUGAGCAAAUUAUUAAACUCACACUAGAUAAAUACAGAAGAGUAAAGAACAAAGUUCAAUAGCCAUAAAAGGGAUCUGUAACAGGAGAAAGUUUCGCUUCAGCCUUAAUGCCCGUACAGCAUGUAAUGGCUGCCCCGGAGUCUGCUAUUCAGAGACUGGAAGACUAAAGAUUUCCCUUGGAUGUUUCAUCACUGUCCUAUUGAUGUCUUGAAAGCCCACAGAGCGAUGGGGUCCGUAUUUCACUGGGUGACAGCUGUUCACAUACUGACUUUUCUACAGAUGCCACAUUUGAUUACAGGUCAGUUUAAAAUCAUCCCUCCCCCGAAUCCUGUCAUUGCUAUCAUUGGAGAAGUGGUUGUCCUGCCUUGCAAACUGACAACUCAGAUUAACCCUGAGACAAUUACUGUCCAGUGGAUACUUUCUAGACCCUCAGAAAAAAUAGAUGUGAGCACCUAUGAUGGACCAAAUAAAAAGGAGACACAGGAUGAGAGAUACCAGGACAGAACACUGUUCUUCCAAACUGAAUUUCAAGCAGGAAACGUGUCUCUAAACCUGAAGAAUGUCAUUGUCUCUGACAAAGGGAAAUACACCUGCAGUGUCUCUUUGGGGACCUGGUAUGAUGAGGUCGUGGUUGAACUGGAUGUGACAGCUAGAGGUGGUGAGACUUCCAUUUUCAUGGAGGACUAUGCAGACCAGGGGAUUGGCCUCACCUGCAGGUCGGAGGGAUGGUUCCCUGAGCCCCAGGUGCUCUGGUUAGACAGUAAAGGACAAAACCGACCAGAAAAGCCUACAACCAGCAACACAAAGACAUCUGUUGGAAUCUACAAUAUUGAAAGUGCCAUUAACAUAGAACCUGGCUCAGACAACGAAGUCUCCUGCAAAAUAAUCAAUAACAUACUAAAUACAGCGAGCGAGUCCAGAGUCCUAAUUUCAGAUGUUUUCUUCCCAACCACCUCCCCUUGGAUGGCUGCUUUCCUGGUCAUUUUAUUUCUUAGCAUAGCCCUUAUUUCUGCUGUAGGGUAUAAAUUGAAAAAGAAUAAUGACACAACAUCUCGAUCAGUAACUGAGAAGAAAACAAUGGAAGAAGAAAAAGAACGUCUGCUCUCCACACUAGAGACAAACAAAUCCACAGAUCAAGCAAAAAUUCAAGACAUACAAGAAAAUAUUGAUCGACUCUCAGUAGAGCUGGAAUUCAGAAGAGCUCAGAGCUAUGCAGUUCCCAUCACUCUGGAUCCAGAUUGCAAACACCCAGAACUCAAACUGUCAGAGGAUCAGAAAAGAGUCUGGCAAGAACCUGCAUCUCCUGAGCUGGAUGCAGCCUCCGGGGCCCUGCUCGUGGUGGGGAAGGAGGGGUUUGUGGCUGGGAGGCAGUACUGGGAGGUGGAGGUGGGGGAGAAACUGGAGUGGGAGCUGGGGGUGCUUAGUCAGUCGGCAAGGGACAGAGUGAAAAGCAAGAAGGCAGAGAAACUCCCUGAGGAGGGAUAUUGGUCUCUGAAGAGAUCCCAGGGAGACUUUUUUUCAAGCAUAAAAAAUGAUAAGAUUGAAAAGAAGGAUAACCCAUAUAAAGUGAUUGGUGUAUUACUGGAUCAGGAAGAGGGAAGAAUCUCAUUUUAUAAUGCAAAUGUGAUGUUCCUCAUCACAACUAUCCCUGCAGAGCUUACUAAUAAAAUUUUGUAUUACCCAUUCCUCAGUCCCAGGAACAACACAGGCGAGCAGAAACCAUUAGCAAUCCACCCCAUCAGAGUCCCUAUUCCUUUAAAGCCUCUGAGAAAGGAAAAAUGAGCUCUAGUUACUUUAGAGAAGUAAAAUUCAAAACAGAGGGGAGAAGGGAAUCUAAACAUGUGAAACACCAGAAACAGUAAAAUAAGCAGAGUAGAAAUUGAUGAUAAAAUAAAACACAUAAAACAGAAGAAAAAGGAGAAAAGCGGUUUUCAUAGGCUUGUUGACUCAGAAGUCGAAAUCAAUAAAUUCUGAAAGGAAUGAGACUUGUCUUCAUAGAAAUAUUUUUAUUUAACUUUCUGUUGCAUUUUUUUUAAAUAGGAAAAUACUUUAAAGACAAAAUCUUGGGGGGCUGUGUUGAGAUGGAGGGGAAAUGAAAGUGAUAUUGCCAAGCAAUGUAGCAAUAGUUAGAAAAGACACCAUUAUGGAUGGCUACCCAAAAGAAGAGGAUAAAAUUUUGAAUUAUUCAGUUGCUGGUUAGGAGUUAUACAGGAAUGGUUAUGAAGAAAAAUUAAAUUUCUAAUACAAACCCUGUAUCCCCAAAAGCAUAUUAGCGCUCCCGUGUGACAUCUAAAGCAAUACUAGGAAGAGAGAGUUUGAUUAUGCAAUACAGAAAAUUAAAAAAAUUAAGGUUAUGAAUAGAAUCUAACUUUAUGCCCUCUUGGAAGUCCUCAGAUGUUUUCUGCUGCCUUUUUAAGUGAUUAGACCUCAAAGAGUGGUGUUGUCAUUAUGAUGUAUUUUUUAUUAAACUGUCCAUAUUUCAGUAAACAUGGAA